UUGUUUAUGUUUGGUUUUCCAUCGAUCAUCGUCCAUGACAUUGUCCUUUAGCAAAUCAAAGUAGGCGCCAGCUAACUGCCUUGUGCACCAUUUGGCGGCUCCAACUGAAACCUCGACUCCAGCACCAUAGCAGAUGCUGCACAGAACAAUGGGAAAGAGACAGGGAUGCUGCAUAGAAAUAUGCUAAACCUGAUACUACACAACAAAUUUCCCCUUGGUACUUAGCCAUCCGCACUUGCACGAAACUGAGCUAAUCUGGUCAACGGCGCGAACGUGAUCCGCCGCCAUGGACGACGCCGGCUACUCCUCCGCCUACUCACCGCUGCACGUCGUGAUCUGCCCGUGGCUCGCCUUCGGCCACCAGCUGCCCUGCCUCGACCUCGCCGAGCGCCUGGCAUCGCGGGGCCACCGCGUGUCUUUCGUCUCCACGCCGCGCAUCAUCGCGCGCCUCCCGCCGGUCCGACCCACCGCGGCACAACUCAUCAACUUCGUGGCGCUGCCUCUCCCAAGCGUGGACGGUCUCCCGGAAGGCGCCGAGUCCACCAACGACGUCCCCUUCGACAAGUUCGAGCUCCACCGGAAGGCCUUCGACGGCCUUGCCCUGCCAUUCUCGGAGUUCCUGGGAGCCGCGUGCGCCAAGGGGCAGGGACAUAAGCCGGACUGGAUCCUCGUCGACAUAUUCCACCACUGGGCCGCCGCCGCCGCCGUAGAACACAAGGUUCCAUGUGCGAUGCUUCUCCUCGGCGCCGCGAGCUUUAUCGCCUCUGGGGCCGGCCAACUUUUCGAGCACGCCGCGUCUGGAGUACAGGUACAGGAGCGACCGUCUUCAACAGAACCGCCAAAGUUCGAGAUAGAGAUGAGAGAACUGAUAAUUACCCAACGCGCGUCGGGGAUGUCCAUCGCCGAGCGGGUCUCCUUGACGCUCCAGAGGUCCAAUCUCGCGGCCAUGCGGAGCUGCGUGGAAUGGGAGCCCGAGAGCGUCCCUCUCGUAGCAAGCCUCGGGGUCGGGGGCAAGCCGGUUGUCCCCCUCGGCCUCCUGCCGCCGUCGCCCGAGGGAGGCCGCGGCGUAUGCAAGGACGGGAAGAAAGAUGCCACUGUGAAAUGGCUCGACGUGCAGCCGGCCAAGUCGGUCGUGUACGUGGCCAUGGGAACCGAGGUGCCAUUGCCCGCGGAGCAGGUGCACGAGCUGGCCUUCGGGAUCGAGCUCGCCGGGACACGCUUCCUCUGGGCUCUCCGGAAGCCUAGCGGCGGCGCGCCUGACGCUGACAUUCUCCCUCCGGGGUUCGAGGAUCGCACGGCCGGCCGUGGCCUGGUGAGGACGGGGUGGGUUCCUCAGAUGAGCAUACUGGGGCACGACGCGGUGGGCGCGUUCCUGACGCACUGCGGGUGGAACUCGAUCAUCGAGGGGCUCCUGUUCGGGCACCCUCUCGUCAUGCUGCCCAUCUUGGGCGACCAAGGGCCAAACGCGAGGCUGAUGGAGGGGAAAAAGGUCGGAGUGCAAGUGCAAAGAGAUGGAAAUGACGGGUCGUUUAACCGAGAAGGCGUCGCGAUGGCGGUUCGGGCUGUCAUGGUGGAGGAGGAAAGCAAGAAGAUCUUCAAGGCCAACGCUAAGAAGAUGCAAGAGAUCGUAGCCGACACCGAGCGUCACGAGAGAUACAUCGACGGGUUUAUCCAACAGCUGAGGUCCUACAAGGAGUGAAGCAUUUUCUUGGAGUACGUACCCCAAAGCAGUCCCAGGGUUUAAAAUUUCCAGAACCAACAAGAAAAAAAAAGUUGUUUUUGUAUUGUUUCGACCGAAUUGAGCAGCAAGUGAACCAUAUCCUUGGGUUAAAUUGGCUCGAGAAAUAUUGGACAUCUUGAAUGACUGAGCAGUCUCUUAUUAUAUAGUAUUCCGUACUAUACUGUACGGCUUUUCUUUACACGAAAUCCUUUACCAGUAUUUGACCUGCUCCGUAUUCAGUUCAAUCUAUAUGCAUAGUCCACACACACCGUUCAUAUUAGGAUUAGGCAAUCUCUGGUUACACUCCAAAAACGUGUUCGUGUCUGCACGAAUGCACACCUGGUGAAGCCACCCGACAUCAAGUGUGACUGUGAGGAACAAAGCGGCGCAACGUACGUCAAUACGCUCGCCCCGGACCAAGAACAUGAAAGAUGGCCUGAUGGUAAACAGAGAAAGCCUAUUUGAAGGGGUGUAUGAUGGCAGAGUACUUGAAAUGAUUAUACAAUAAUGAAAACUCAGUAUCUGGCCUCAACGGCAAACAGCUCACAAACAAUUUCAAAAAGACAAAACCCAACAGCAA